AUGUCUAGCGAGUUCUUUCCGGACGUCCCCAAGAUUUUGUAUAAGGGUCCAGAGUCGACGGAUCCACUCAGUUACCGCCAUUACAACCCAGACGAGGUGAUUGCGGGCAAGCCCAUGAAGGAAUGGCUUCGCUUCAGCGUGUGUUUCUGGCACACCUUUGUGGGAGGCGGAGGUCAAGACCCCUUUGGUGAAAAAACCUUGUGUCGUCCUUGGGAAGACGGCAUUAGCGAUCCCAUUGAAUUGGCCAAACGCCGCAUUGACGUGGCCUUUGAGCUCUUUACCAAGUUGGGCGUCCCAUUUUAUACCUUUCACGAUUUCGAUGUGGCACCCGAAGGUUCCACGCUGGAAGAAUCGCAGCAGAAUUUGGAUACCAUUGUCGCCUAUCUGAAGGAAAAGCAACAAGCCACGGGUGUUCAGCUCUUGUGGGCCACGCAGAAUCUGUUCACUCACAAGCGCUACAUGAACGGAGGCAUGACCAAUCCCAGUCUGCACACAUUUUGCUAUGCAGCCGCUUCCAUUCAAAAAGUCAUGGACAUCAACAAUGCCUUGGGAGGCCAGAAUCACGUCUUUUGGGGUGGUCGCGAAGGCUAUCAGAGCAUGCUCAACACGGACUUUAAGAAGGAAUGCGAUCACAUGGCUGACAUGUACCGGAUGGCCAUUAAAUACAAAGAGGCCAAGGGAUACACCGCCCAAUUCUUGAUUGAACCGAAACCUCGAGAACCUACCAAACACCAAUACGAUUACGACGCGCAAACCUGCAUGGCCUUUCUCCAGACAUAUGGUUUGGAUGAGCACUUCAAGCUCAACAUUGAACCCAACCAUACCACGUUGGCGGGCCAUGAAGCGGCUCAUGACAUUUGGGUCAGUUCCGUCUAUGGAAAGUUGGGUAGCAUUGACUCCAACACGGGCGACACAAUGCUCGGAUGGGACACGGACAAUUUCCCAAUGGACGUGGCUCAGGCAACAGCCAUCAUGUCGGUGGUCUUGAAGCAGGGAGGUCUCGGCACUGGCGGUCUCAAUUUUGAUUGCAAGGUACGUCGCGAAUCGGUGGAUCCCGUGGAUCUCUUUAUUGGUCACAUUGGUGCCAUGGAUGCCUAUGCGUUGGGUUUGCGAAAGGCGGCCAAGAUGCAAGAGGAAGGGACCCUGGACAAAAUGCUCCAGGAACGCUACUUGACCUGGUCUACGGAAGAACUCGGCAAGAAAAUCGAAGCUGGAGAGGCCACUUUGGAGGAGUGUGCGGCAUAUGCCAAGGCCCAAGGAGAACCACCCUUGGUUUCGGGAAAACAAGAAUUGUAUGAGAUGAUCCGCAACCGGCAUCUCUACCCCAGUCAUUAG